AUGUCCACGCCGCCAGCCCCCAAAAGGCGCCGUGUAGACUCCGUCGGCAUCCACAAACCCUUCGUCUCGCCCUUGAAGCGCAAUCCCUCAACCACCGGCCCUCCAAACCAAGCAACCAGCACACCAAAACCAGUCGCACGAACAGCCUCUCAAGCACCAGCAACACCCUACACACCCCUCCGCAGCAGCAAUCUCAAGACCUCCACACCACUAUCCAACCACUCCCCCGAGAUCCUUGCCGCGCAAACCCAAAUCCGCGCCCUCGAAGCCCAGAUCCGCGACUUGCGCAGUCAAAACGGCAUCUUGACUCAAGCCCUCGACAUCACUGUGGCACCGACCUCUUCACAACAGCAACCACGCCUCCUCAAACUAAAAGAAAAAUGGCGCAAGGCAAGCCAACAAGCAGCCGAAGAAGUCUUUUGCGACUUUGCGGAAAAGAUCAGAGACAAUGGUGGAUACACUGCUUUCCUAAAACAACAAAGCAAACCCAAGUCUUUCUUUGGUGACGAGCAAGACACAGUAGACGAAACCAAUGAAGAAGACUGGAGAGACGAAGAAGGCGAUUGUUUGACGGAAAGAGGAAAACGACAACGAAGAUGUGAGAUUGAGGAUAGAGCCAAGAAACAUGAAGAAGAAGAAGAAGAAGAAGAGGCUGAAGAAGAGGAGGAAUUGACACUGGGGAGUAUGUUGCAGGUGUUGAAUAUACCUCCCGAGGUCAUUGGGUGGGAUCCCAAGACUCUGGCGUGGAAAUGA